UGCGGCGCUGGCCGCUCCCGGAUGUGUGCCUGGCGCCGGAAGAGAAGACGGCCCCCCUCUCUCGGCCCGGCCAUCUUGUGGGAAGAGCUGAAGCAGGCGCUCUUGGCUCGGCGCGGCCCGCUGCAAUCCGUGGAGGAACGCGCCGCCGAGCCACCAUCAUGCCUGGGCACUUACAGGAAGGCUUCGGCUGCGUGGUCACCAACCGAUUCGACCAGUUAUUUGACGACGAAUCGGACCCCUUCGAGGUGCUGAAGGCAGCGGAGAACAAGAAAAAAGAAGCCGGCGGGGGCGGCGUUGGGGGCCCUGGGGCCAAGAGCGCAGCUCAGGCCGCGGCCCAGACCAACUCCAACGCGGCAGGCAAACAGCUGCGUAAAGAGUCCCAGAAAGACCGCAAGAACCCGCUGCCGCCCAACGUUGGCGUGGCUGACAAGAAAGAGGAGACGCAGCCACCCGUGGCGCUUAAGAAAGAAGGAAUAAGACGUGUUGGAAGAAGACCUGAUCAACAACUUCAGGGUGAAGGAAAAAUUAUUGAUAGACGACCAGAAAGGCGACCACCUCGAGAACGAAGAUUUGAAAAGCCACUUGAAGAAAAGGGUGAAGGAGGCGAAUUUUCAGUUGAUAGACCGAUUAUUGACCGACCUAUCCGAGGUCGUGGUGGUCUUGGAAGAGGUCGAGGAGGCCGUGGACGUGGAAUGGGCCGAGGAGAUGGAUUUGAUUCUCGUGGCAAACGUGAAUUUGAUAGGCAUAGUGGAAGUGAUAGAUCUUCUUUUUCACAUUACAGUGGCCUGAAGCAUGAGGACAAGCGUGGAGGUAGCGGAUCUCACAACUGGGGAACCGUCAAAGAUGAAUUAACAGAGUCCCCAAAAUACAUUCAGAAACAAAUAUCUUAUAAUUGCAGUGACUUGGAUCAAUCAAAUGUGACUGAGGAAACACCUGAAGGUGAAGAACAUCCAGUGGCAGACACUGAAAAUAAGGAGAACGAAGUUGAAGAGGUAAAGGAAGAGGGUCCAAAAGAGAUGACUUUGGAUGAAUGGAAGGCUAUUCAAAAUAAGGACCGGGCAAAAGUAGAAUUUAAUAUCCGAAAACCAAAUGAAGGUGCUGAUGGGCAGUGGAAAAAGGGAUUUGUUCUUCAUAAAUCAAAGAGUGAAGAGGCUCAUGCUGAAGAUUCGGUUAUGGACCAUCAUUUCCGGAAGCCAGCAAAUGAUAUAACAUCUCAGCUGGAGAUCAAUUUUGGAGACCUUGGCCGCCCAGGACGUGGUGGCAGGGGAGGACGAGGUGGGCGUGGACGUGGUGGACGUCCGAACCGUGGCAGCAGGACUGACAAGUCAAAUGCUUCUGCUCCAGAUGUGGAUGACCCAGAGGCAUUCCCAGCUCUGGCUUAACUGGAUGCCACAAGACAACCUUGGUUCCUUUGUGGACCCUUCUGUUCAAAGCUUUUUGCAUGCUUAAGGAUUCCAAACAACUUAAGAAAUUUAAAAAAAAAAAAAGAAAAAGACUGUCAUUCAUACCAUUCACACCUAAAGACUGAAUUUUAUCUGUUUUGAAAAUGAACUUCUCUUGCUACACAGAAGUAACAAAUAUGGUAGUCAGUUUUGUAUUUAGAAAUGUAUUGGUAGCAGGGAUGUUUUCAUAAUUUUCAGAGAUUAUGCAUUCUUCAUGAAUACUUUUGUAUUGCUGCUUGCAAAUAUGCAUUUCCAAACUUGAAAUAUAGGUGUGAACAGUGUGUACCAGUUUAAAGCUUUCUUCACUUCAUUUGUGUUUUUUAAUUAAGGAUUUAGAUGUUCCUCCAAUUAUAAACUGGUUUUAAAUAUUGGACAUACCGGUUUUAAUACAUGCUUUGCAUUUUCACACAUGGUCGACUGGGACAUGUAAACUUUGAUUUGUCGAAUUUUAUGCUGUGUGGAAUACUAACUACUUUAUGUAUUUUAACUUAGUUUUAAUAUUUUCAUUUUGGGGAAAAAUCUUUUCACUUCUCAUGAUAGCUGUUAUAUAUAUGCUAAAUCUUUAUAUACAGAAAUAUCAGUACUUGAACAAAUUCAAAGCACAUUGGUUUAUUAACUCUUGCUCCUUGCAUGGUUCAUUAGGUUCAAAUUAUAACCGAUUUAAUAAUUUCAACUAUAUUUACUUUUCAAAUGUGUGCUUUCCCAUUUUAAAAGCCAAACUAGACACCUUACUGGUGAAAGUUGUUAAGCUACUUAUUGUUGGUAAGACACAUCCUGUCAAGUGAAAUAGUUUCAUGGGUAUUAGAUUUUUUUUCUCCUCCAACAGGGUGGGUAGAAUAAGUUGAUUUGGCUAAUGCAUAAUAUUUAAAGUCUUCUGUAAAAUAAGUGUCUGGCCACACGGUGUGAUUUGUGUCUGUGAAAGGUCCCCAAAUCAAAAUAGUACAUACAUAAUUGGUAACCCUUUAACCCUUCCUUGUUCUAAAGAAACCAAAGGGCACUGGUUAGUAUGGUUAGAUGGGGGAAUAUUUUAAUUUUUGGAAUUUGGAAAGCAGACAGCUUUACUUUAUAAGGUUGGAACAGCAGCACCAUCCGUGAAAUAUAAACCAAAAAUCUUAACUUUCUGAAUUUCCUAUUUUGCUCUUAUUUGGUCUUAAGUUGAUAGAUGAAUGUUUGUUUCACAGAAAGUGAUAAGUAUCUUUUCCCUCUUCCUCCAUUAGAAUAUUAGGUUAAUAAUGGAUUCUUUGAAUGGGAGCAUCACCACUUAUUAAAACAUACACGGAGAGGAUGAUCAAUAAAACAGGGUUUUUAGGUUUUUUUUUUUAAUUCUGCCACAUUUAUUGAUAAACAGGAAAGGAAUUUUAUUUAAAGUUUUAAGAAUCUGUUGUCCCUCAAUGUUGAGUAAUUGUCUACCUAUGUAUGGUAAUGUCCAGUUGUAAAAAUACUGAAGAUCUUCAGUCUUUAGUAUGUCUGCUAUUUAGCUGAUUGGUUCUCACAUACACUUCUGAAAGAGAAAAAUUGUACCGUACAAGAGUUAUUCAUUUGGAUUAGAUUUAUUCUAAAUUACCUGCUAGUCUGACAUUUUAGGAAGGAGGUAAUUGUUUUUUAGUGGUGGAUAAACUUGUGCUGGUGUUUUCGAUCUUAUGAUGCUGAGCAUGUUCUGCACUGGUGCUAAUGUCUAAUAUAAUUUUAUAUUUACAAACAUACCUGCUACCCAGAGGCAAGUAUUAAUUUAGUCCAUAUGGACUAUUGACCCCUCUUGAGAUUGCAACAUACGUACUCCUAAAUCAGUGUGUUUAUUAGACUUUUCAAGUAUCUAACUCAUUUCUGAACAUGUGACAUGUUUAUAAACCUUGAUUUUCAGCAACAUGUUAUAGAAAACACCUGCUAUUAAAAACACUUCACAAAUUCUCACUGUCACCCAUUGCUGUCACAGGAAUAAACAGCAAUAUCUGGUAUGUUGCAAGCUUUCUAGAUAGCCUGAACUUAAAAAGUUGGUCCAUUAGUUGUAUCUGAUGGAUAUAAAUUUGCCUCCUAGUUCACUUUGUGUCAAGAGCUAAAACUGUGAACCUAACUUUCUCUUACUGGUGGGUAAUAACUGAAAAUAAAGAUUUAUUUUCAUGCUCACUUCUUAAAAGUCAUAAAAACAAAUAGGAACCCAUUUAUCAUCAUGUUUUUCCUGGUUUCUGCCCUGUGUGCACACCCACAAGAUACAAUACUCAUAUUUUUAAAUUUAGAUCUUAUGUAGGGUUUUUAUUUGCUUAGCCAGGGUGUCAAAUCACAUUUGGGAACUAUACUUAUGUUAAUGACUGCUUUAGUUGGGAAAGUUGAAUUCAAUUUUUCUUCUUUUUUUCCCUUUCACACUUCCAUUUCGGAAGGCAAAGUUGAAUUCUUAUAAAAUGUGAGUUUCAAGGACUGAUAAUUGUCACUUUUUAGCAAAUCAUUUUUUGAGGGUGAAAGUUAAUCAUACUGAAUGGCCACCUUUUAUUGACAAAUGGUGUAAUACCCUGAGGGAAAAAUCCGUUAGUGGAUACAGAGCCCUAAAAUAGUAAAGGCAGCUAAUGUUUUAGUGAACUUUUAUCUUGAUGCUUUUAAAUGGAAGUGAUUCCAGAGCAGAAAUUUUAGACAUUAACAGCUUGUGUUGAGGUGAUUGGGGACAGUUUUGAGGAAAACACUAUUUUGAGACCUGUGGAGUUAUUAAAAACUUAAAAGUGUCACCAGGUACUAAAUAUCUAGUUACUUAACUCAGUUUUAUUUUUAAAAUCGAAGCAGGACACAUCAGCUCCAGGGUUGUAAAUAUAUUUGGGAAACUUUUGGUAUGGGUUUGAAGGGAGAAUAUUAAGUAUUCAUUUGGAUUAUAUUAUUUUUCUAAUUGUUAAAGAUGGUUGCACUGAAAUAGGAAAAUGUUAUUCUAGGAAGUUGCAUACAAAGUCUAAAUAUUGUGUAUUGGAUUUUAAAAAUAUAUCUUUAAGAAAGCACUAGUGUGUGGAAGAAACUAACAGGUAUUAAAAGGCAUUUAAAAACUUGAGCAAUGUGAAGCUGCUAGAACCUAACUGAUGUUGACCUUAAAGGUAAGAUUGUGCAGGUAUAUUAAUGGAUUCCAGUGUUGAGCUAAUUAGGUAUAGCAAAUUCUGGGGAUCUCAGGUGCAUGCAGUUCUACUGUCUAAAUAAGUGCUUAGAAAAUAGGUUCUAACCCAAACGUUUGUAAUUGUACUGAGAUUAAUAUGUGUUUAGUGAGUCUGAAUACUUAAACGUCAGCUCUGACCUGAGAAAGACCAGAACCUUGAUUACCACUAUGCUUUAUAGAGUAUAAUAGCAAGACAGUGAAAUGAUACCUACUUGAACUUCUGGGCCCUAGUUAAUUAAUGAAAUAGUUUAUCAACAUCAUUUGCAAAAUAAAUUGUCAGGUUUUAUUGAUGGUUGAAUAUUAAAUGACAGCUUUCAGAAAUUUGGGUUCAGUUUUUGCCUAGCUGUGCCUGGGGUAACCUUUAACCUUGGCAUGACUCUCAACUUGAGAGUCUUACUUGAUUUUUAAGUUUAAAGGUUAUAUGAGAAAGGAUUGAAGUAAAUUAGGCUGAGGAAUUUAGUAAAUGCAAGAAUAUAGGGAAAGCAAGGUUGUAACCUGAACAUGAGAGGCUUAGUUUCAGAAAGUGAUUAGAAUAUAACGAUGAACUGUUAAAGCCAUCAAUGUCUUGGCCACAGGUAAAAGUAUGAACACUGGAAGUGAUUUUUGUUUAAAUAAAGUGCUGUAAGUGUUCAGUGAACUUCAGCCUGUGGCCUGUUUUGGUACAUCCCCUGAACUAAGAAUGGCUUUUACAUUUUUAAAGGGUUAAAAUGUGAUGAAGAAGGUAGGUAGCCCACAAAGCCUACAACAUGUGGCCCUUUACAAAAAAUGUUUGCUGACCCCUAAUCUAAGCUGUCACUGCCAAUCAACAGUUCUUUUGAAAUAAAUUUAGGUCUAAGUUCAGUGGUUCUACUCUAUGGGAAGUUGUGAAUGAAAAGUAAUUUUAAAGCAAACUUUUCGCCUCUAUAAUCAGAAUAUGGGCAAGAUAUCUGAUAGCUUUUUAGUAAAGCUGGUUUUGUAAUUUUUAAGAAAGAUGAUGUAGGUUGCAACUUAGUAUAUUUUGAAAGCUGUUCAGGGAAGUAUAAAUCUGUAAAAGUAAUCCUAAUGCCAUGGUUAUAGUUAAUGUUUCACAUUUAGUGGCACUUCUCAAGUCAAUUAGGGUAAGCUUUCUGUUGUGAUUAUUGAUUUUUCCAUGAGAAUUCUGAACAUUUUAUAUAGGUAAGAAAACAUGUCUUUUAAUUAACUCCAUAGGUUGAGUUGGGGCAGAAAUUAAUGCCUUCUGGAGACUGCAGUUUUUAGAGCUUAGAAUACCUGUUUGGGUGGAAUUUAGGUUUUGUGCUAUUGGUUACUUAUAUACUAAAUAACCAGGAGUCAGUUCAGUUCUAAAUGGAAGAAGGUGAGAAAUGCUCACACAAGUUAGAAAAUAAUUUACCAAAUUAUGUUUUUGAGGUUUAAUCUAUGUACUUAGUACAUAGUUGGGGUUGUGUUUUGUUUACUUAAAAAAUUUUUUUUUUGUAGAGAUGCGGUUCUCUAUUUCCCAGGCUUGUCUCCAACUCCCCUCAGGCAAUCCUCCCACCUUGGCCUCCCAAAGUGCUAGGACUACAGGCAUGAGCCACCACACCCAGCCCUUAGUGUUUUAAAUCAGUAAUGUUUGUCCCUUUGGAAAAACAAAAUGCUGUCCAUUUGGAAGGAUGUGGCAAUUCUCAGUGGGCUUGUAUAAGUACUCUUCCUAAAAUUUGUGAGUGGAAGACUACAUAUAAAAGAAAACUGGUGGUAACGUAUGUGGUAAUUCUGAUUCAUUGUGGACUUUAAAAAUAUCUAAUUGAUUCAUGGUGAUCAGACAAUUGCUCUGAACUGACCUUGGGUAGCUUUAUUCAUAGUUGCAUUACUGGUAGGGAAAUGUGGAAAGUGAAAGGCUAACAUCACGACUUUGAUAAUGUGUUAGUGAGUAGGGAAAAGGGAAGGGAGUGGUUAGUGAGUAGGGAAUCUGGACGAUUGUAUUAGUUUGCGCUUAUCACCUUGAUUGCAGUCGUGGUUGAUUUUUCCCCUAGAUUUUAGCAUCUAAGAAAAUCUGUAAAGAAAUAGCAUUCAUUCUUGUAUACCUAGAAUGAAGAUUCUGUUUAAAGUGGUCCAAGUUAACUUGGUUCUUGACAUUUGACUACCUAGAAUUUGGGACUAAAAUGUUAGCCAGCAAAUAAUGUCCAAGAAAAAUUUUUGUUUUGUUUUGGGAACUUUUCAUGUUGAAUUCCAUGUUUUAUACCUGGGGUGUAAUAAUCUACAGAUACAUUGCUUCAUUUGGCAACCACACUGACAAUAGUUAGACAAGUACACAGGUUUAGAUAUUUGUCUAAGUGCUCAGAUUUCUGGGAUGAAUUUGGAAAUAAAUUGACUACAUCAAAGAAGAUAGUUUUCCUUUUUCCCCAUUACAUGACUGAACAUGUUUAGGCCUUUAUGAUGGGUGAAUUAAUACAUCAUUCUGUUUAGAGAUAGGCAAUUGGUUUAUUUGUGUAUUCCCCUGGAAAUUCAGAAUUCCCAGUGAAACUAACACAGCUCCAUUCUUGGGGUGGGGGGUGAGGAAUGGUAAAAAGAACUUUACCUUAGAAACUACAGAUAUUAAUAAUUUGGUGUCAGUGUAACUUAGUGUUCCAAAUUUUGUAGUAUAAUCCUUACAUAUUUGCCAAGGCUUUACUUAGGUACUAAAGUUUAGCUUCUGACGAAUGUAUGGGAAACCUGGAUUGGACUUUUAAGGCAGAUGUUCUUUGGUUAUGGGGGAAAAAAUAUACCUAGGUGGUAUAUACACUGCUAUAUUUUGUUCAUAGCAGUAUACCUUGAAAAUUGUCACUGUGUAUCAACAGAAUCCAGCAGAUUGAAGUGUUUUUAAUUGGACUGACAUCCCGUGUCUUGAGUCAAAUGCUGGAGCUGGAAGUCAUAUUGACUUAAGCAAAGAAGUGCUUUGGAUGCUAUAUAAUGCCAAGUGAAAGUAUUUACAAACAAUCUCUGAGAAGCUCUCUUCAGGAGGAAAUAGACAAUAAGAGAAAAUUGCCAGUAAAUGGUUGAUUGAAGAACUUAACCAGCACUUCUCAAGUUACAGGAGAGCAUGGAUGUUUCCUUUUUUUGGUACCAUCAAUCUCUUGCUACUUAGGGUUAUUAAAAUUUGAAAAUAACUGCAGAUUUUUAGAGGAAAAUUUUUGAAUUGAUUUGAAGAUUGCAUCUGUAGCUGAAGAAAUGACUUACUGACUUGACUGUUCCUGCAAAAUUAUUUUAAUCUGUUACAAGCAGGUCAAAAGUGGAUGUAAUUUUUUUUUUUUUUUAAAGCCACCUCUACAGCUGCUCCGAAAGGUACUCUGCCAUUGACAGAUCAGAGGGGGUAAACUAAGUAUUUACAGGAAUGCAAAGGAAUCCAGUCAAUUUGAGUUGAGUAUGACAGAUGAAGAAAAAAAAUUAGGAAACAAGUAUUUUCUAGUGUUGUGAAAAGAAGGCAAAUGCUCUUUUACUUCCUUUGUAAUGGAAUAAAUAAAGUAAGAUUUCUGUUUCUAAA